CAUGAGGUUCUCUCAAAACAAGAGAGCUGCUAGCAGAACGGGAUGGCUCGGAGAGUACCGACACUCAGCGCAUUCCUGCUGCUCGGGGUCCUCUUUACGGGGAACGAAACCGCCGGAGGAAGCGGGCGAGCGGGGGUGCAAGACGAGAAGGCGGGCAGUGAACACGGCGCGGAGAGUCCAUGCGAGGUUAAAACGGUAACCGUAUCCACCCUCCCCGUUCUCCGGGAGAAUGAGUUCAGUUUCACCGGUGGAGGUUCGGGGAGCGUGGCCGGUGUUGGUGGAGGGGAAUCCCGCCUGCUGCUCCUCGUCAGAACAGAUCUACCAGGAAGAAUCUCCGUGUUGGAUGAUCUCGACAACACUGCUCUCCCGUACUUUACGCUGGAGAUGUCUGGGACGGGGCCGGAGAUUUCGCUGGUGCACUGGAAACAGCAGUGGCUGGAGAACGGCACGCUGUACUUCCACGUCUCCGCCAGCGGGGCGGAGCAAGUGUACCAGACCACGCCCCCCGCUGUGCACGAGCCCGCACACGUGCUGCACGAGCACAUGCACCUGCUGCACAUCUCCAUCAUGGGAGGCCUGAUCGCCCUGCUGCUGCUGAUCCUGCUCUUCGCCCUGGUGCUGUACACGCGGCAGCGCUGGUGCAAGCGGCGCCGGGUGCCCCAGAAGAGCGCCAGCACCGAGGCCACGCACGAGAUCCACUACAUCCCCUCCGUGCUGCUGGGCCCCCAGGCGCGCGACAGCUUCCGGGGCCCGCGGCUGCCCCAGCACGGCUCCGUCAUCGGCAUGCCCAUCCGCGAGACGCCCAUCCUGGACGACUACGACUGCGACGAGGACGAGCACCCGGACCAGCCCCUGGGCGACUGCAGGAGCGACGGAGACGCCAGCAGCCAGCUCACCCACACCAUGGACAGCCUGGGCAAGGCCGAGGACCACCACGGGUACAGCCUCAGCAGGAGAGGAGGCAGAAACCACUGGGAGUCCCGGACUCCGAGAAACAACCUGUCGCCCUGGUCUGCCACUGGUGAUCCAGCUCUGGAUCCGGAUCAUGACUCCAUGGACACGCUGAUGCUGAACUUUAAGGAGGGCUUCCACACCAACGCCGGCAUGGAGAUCGGACGCUCCCAAGCCCUCACACACAGCUCCUCCACCAGCAGGAAGAGGCCCAACGUCCACUCCCAAGGGGGCAGUGUGUUCGGGCAUCCCGGGUACUCAGGACCAGAGGCUCACGACGAAAACCAGCUGAAGUUCUUCACAGAACAACACAGGGGUCGGCGCAGGAGUAAAGGCUACCCGCACAGUCCGGUGAAGAAGGCCACUCUGACGCUGAUCACCAUCAGCACGUGCGUCCUGGCCGUGGUCUACAGCAGCCAGAUUCCCUGCCCCCUGACGGUGAAGGUCACUCUCCACGUCCCUGAGCACUUCAUCGCUGACGGGAGCAGUUUUGUGGUGAGCAUGGGCAGUUACCUGGACCUGUCCAACUGGCUGAACCCGGCCCAGUUAAGCCUGUACUACCAGACCAACGGCAGCUCGCAGUGGGUCAGAGACUACUGCGGACAGAGGACCACCACCCCCUGUGAGCAGCUGUGUGACCAGGACACAGGAGAGUGCAGCUGCCAUGAGGGCUACUCCCCGGACCCUGAGCACACACACCUCUGUGUCCGCAGUGAAUGGGGCCGCAACGAGGGGCCCUGGCCCUACACCAAUCUGGAGAAGGGCUAUGACCUGGUCACCGGGCAGCAGGCUCCAGAGAGGAUAUUCAGGUCCUCCUACAGCCUCAGUCAGGGCCUAUGGCUGCCGGUGAGUAAGAGCUUUGUGGUCCCGCCCAUGGAGCUGUCCAUCAGCCCCAUCGCCAGCUGCAAGACCGACGUGCUGGUCACCGAGGACCCUGGAGAUGUCAGGGAGGAGGCCAUCAUGUCGACGUACUUCGAGACGGUGGACGACCUCCUCUCCUCCUUCGGCCCUGUCCGCGACUGCUCCAAGGACAACGGCGGCUGCCGCAAGAAUUUCAAGUGUGUGUCGGACCGGAGGGUAGACUCCACGGGCUGCAUGUGUCCCGUAGGGCUGCGUCCGAUGAAGGACGGCUCGGGUUGCUACGACUACUCGAAGGGCACGGACUGCUCGGACGGCUUCAACGGGGGCUGUGAGCAGCUGUGCCUGCAGCAGCUGGUGCCCCUGCCUGAGGACCCCACCUCCAGCAACGUGCACAUGUUCUGCGGGUGUGUGCAGGAGUACAGUCUGGCUGCGGACGGGCGGUCCUGCGUGCUGCAGUCGGAGGGGUGCGAGGGGCCCAAGUGCCAGCGGCUCGGAGCGCGCUUCAACGACACGCUGUUCGGAGAGAUGCUGCACGGCUACAACAACAAGAGCCAGCAGGUCAACCUGGGCCAGGUGUUCCAGAUGACCUUCAGGGACAAUAACUUCAUUAAGGACUUUCCGCAGCUGGCUGAUGGGCUGAUGGUCAUUCCCCUGCCUGUAGAGGAGCAGUGUAGAGGUGUACUGUCUGAACCCCUGCCCAACCUGCAGCUCCUUACAGGGGACGCCCAGUUCAGCGAGGCCAUGGGGUAUCCCAUGAUGCAACAGUGGAGGGUGCGCAGCAACCUGUACAAAGUUAAGCUGAGCGCCAUCACACUGUCCACAGGUUUCUCUAAAAUCCUGAAGACGCUGAACGCGGACAGCACCCGGGAGGAGCUGCUGGCCUUCAUCGGGCAGUACGGCAGCCAUUACGUGUCUGAGGCACUCUAUGGCUCCGAGCUCACCUGCAACAUCUACUUCCCCAGCAAGAGGGCCCAGCAGCAGCUCUGGCUCCAGUACCAGAAAGAGAGCACAGACCUGGGCAGCCGCAGGGAGCUCCGGUCGGUGCCCUUCAUCACCUACCUGUCGGGGCUGCUGAAGACGCAGCUCCUGGCCGAUGACCCGGUGGCCGGGGUGGAGAUCCGCUGUGAGGAGAAGGGCCGCUGCCCCUCCGCCUGUCACCUGUGCAGGCAGGCCGGCCGCGAGACGCCCAGCCCAGCCCCCACCCUGCUGGAGGUCAGCCGCAUCGUGCCCCUCUACAGCCUGGUGCAGGACAACGUCACCCGGGAGGCCUUCAAGAGCGCCACCAUGAGCUCCUAUUGGUGCGCCGGAAAGGGCGACGUCAUCGACAACUGGUGCCGCUGUGACCUCAGUGCCUUCGGCAAGGACGGACUCCCCAACUGCAGCCCCUUACGCCAGCCUGUCCUGCGCCUGGCCCCCCACCUGGAGCCCUCCAGCACCCUGGUGGCCCUGGAGUGGGGGGAUGUGGAGCCCCUCAUCGGCUGCAAGGUCUCCGACUACGUCAUCCAGCACAAACGGGUGGAGGACCUGUCUGAGGCAGAGAUCUACACCGGAGAGGUGCUGAGUCUGGUGGACGACCUCCUGUCUGGCGUGGGCUCUGCCUGUGUGGUGGCGGGCAAGCGGGGGGCGGACCACAGCCACCCCACCCUCUACACCCUGGUCUUCAAGUGCCUGGAGCCGGACAGCCUCUACAAGUUCACGUUGUACGCCUUGGAUAGUCGUGGAAGCCGCUCAGAGUCCAGUUUUGUUUCUGUCAGGACCUCCUGCCCCAUCGUGGACGACAGCAGAGCAGAAGAGAUUGCAGACAGAGUGUACAACCUGUACAACGGCUACACAAGCGGGAAGGAACAGCAGACGGCCUACAACACUCUGAUGGAGAUCCCCCCUCCCCUGCUGUACCGCGUGCAGCACCACUACAACGCCCACUACGAGAAGUUCGGCGACUUCGUCUGGCGCAGCGAGGACGAGCUGGGACCCAGGAAGGCGCACCUGAUCCUGCGGAGGCUGGAGAGGCUGAGCCGGUACUGCCGGUCGCUCCUGCGCAGCACCUACAUCCAGAGCCGCACGGAAACGGCCUCCUACUCGCUGUGCCGGAGCGAGGGGGCGCGGCCCCCGGGCGCGGGCUGGCACAGCUACCUGCACGAGACGCGGCUGUCCUGCACCGAGAAGCUGGCCUCCGUGCAGCGCAACACCUACGGCAACGCCAAGCUGCGGUGA